AGGUCCGUGGCCCUCGGCUCAAGGCAGCUUCGGCAGAUGAGCUCGGGCGCAGGGCCUCGCCGGUGGCCAUGGUCGGCGCCGCGUGCUUCAUCGUGGAGGGCGCCGGCACCAAGGACGUCGAUGGCACGUACGGCAGGACCCCGGACAUGGCCUGCAACGGCGCCGACGUGUUCCGCAAGCCCUCCACCACCUUCGCGCUCCUGCGCCGAGGCUCCGACGACUGGUGUCUGAGGACCUGCGCAGCCCCUCGAGCACCCGCUGGACGCACGAGCUCUACCGGUCGUCCCUCGCUGGCUCGACGGCCACGGCGUCGCCGCCGACAUUCGGCUGGACGGAAGUGGUCGGCUCGCCGCCGGCGCCGAUCGUGCGCGAGGCCAAGGUGGAGCACAUGGUCCGGAGUCGCUCGGUUGCCGCUUCUGGGCGCGGCGGCCACGGGCAUUCGUGGCCGCUGCCAGGCUCGCGGCCAGGCAGCGACCAGGGUCGCCGUGGCGCGCUGCGGGCGCUGGAAGGCCGCCCGAGCUACGUGCCCACGCCCAUGAGGGCCAGCAGCGCCUCUGCCUGCCGGGGCAGCGAGGAGCGGCUGAGAGCUGCGUCGGGGGGCGGCAGGGACGCCCAGAAGUGCCUGUGCUGCUUCCGGGUGGUGCUCGUGCGCCCCAGCGCCCGGGUCCCCUGGGGCUUCGUCUGGGACAGGGACGUCCACGACAGGACGGGCGCUCGGGUCGUGGAGUCGGUGCUGGAUGGCUCCCCGCUCGGUCGGUGGAACUUCUGGCAGGACCUGCGCGGGAGGCCGGACCUCUGCGUGAUAGAGUCUGACCAGCUGAUCAAGGUUGACGGCAAGUGGGCCUGGCACGAUCACGAGGUUGGCGACCAAGAUGGAGAGUCGGCAUCCGCCGCGCCCCCAGGCCACGGGACGAGCAUCCCCAUAGUAUUAGAUUUUGCUCGACCUGCAACCCGCCAGCUGGUGCCGCUGCGGCCGCAGCUGGAGGUGAACGAGGCCACGGCGACCCUGGUCUUGGACUGGUCCAUGUCAAAGUUUGACCGCGCCCGCGGCUGGGCCCUCUGCAUCCAAGACGUGAGUAGUGGCGACUGGUACGCUGUCGACGGCUUUACCUCGACGGCGAUGCCCCUGACGAGCCCCAAGCUGAACGAUGUGGGCGCCUUCAGACCAGACCACCUGUCUGCCUGGGUCUCGGCGGGGCUCCCGUCGGGGCGCACGUACUCGGCCUGCGUUGCAUCUCUCGGGAGCUCUGGCUGGACGGCCUUCUCUGGCAUGUCCCGGCCACUGUCGCUGCCAAAGUUCCGGAGCGCUUGUGGCAAGCACCGCGAGAGCCAGAGACGGGACGACUGGCCAGAGCGGCCCCGCUUCGCUUGUCCGUCCAGGCUGAUCGCCGGGGCCUCGGCGCCCGUGGAGCUGGUCAGCGGGCCCCGGGUGUUCUCGGCCAAGAGGCGGCGGCUGCUUCUUGAGAUGAUCAUGCAGAGCCCGCCGACCGCUCUGCCCGGGCCCGUCAGGUGGGGCAUCCGCCUCCACUUGGGCUCCCUGGAGCGGGGCGGCGCCGAGCGGGAGGUGGUCGCAGUGUACCGGCUGGAGCCCGGCCUCGCGGCCCACAGGUGGUGCCAGGCGCAGCAGAGCGCGACCUUCCACGGCGCAGCCGUGUCGACGUGGCUCUGCCCUGGGGACGUGAUCGCCAGCGCCAACGGGCUCACCCAGCCGGCGGCGAUCCUCAGGGAGGUGCGGCGCGGCCCGGGGGCCCUCGUCCUCCUGGUGGAGCGCGAGACCGAGGGGCCCAGCGGUGCCGAAGAAGACCACGCGAUGCAGGACCCCGUGUCUGCGGCGGGCGCUCUCGACGACGAGGAGGUGCUCCGGUUGAACAGCCGGCUCGACCAGGACGCCGCGAAGGCCGCGGAGGAGGUGGAGUGGUUCGUGAUGCUGCCCGAGCUCGAGGGCAAGAUAGUGACAACGAUGGUUGGGACUCGUCUGCUCGAUCUUGGGGGGCAACUCAAAGAGAUGACCGAAGCUCUGGCAUACCCGAGUCUCUUCAAGGAUGCCCAGGAGCGGAUGAGGGUCGAGGCCCAUCAUCCCAAGGUUUCCACCAUCCUGGAGGAGAUUACGGCGAACCGGGUAACGCCGACUGGGCGGAGCAGCUUCUCCCGCCGCGGCACAGCUUGGGGAGGAGAAGGCAACGGGCGAAGCAACGAGUCCGCGCACGGGACAGGAGGUGAGCGACGAAGUGCGCAAUUCUUCAACAGGCGCCUCUCCAGCCAGGGGGCGAACAUGCACCUCCUCUUCAUGGCCCUGCGGUUCGCCAUGGCCAACCCGAGCUCGAACGAGAAGCUCCUGCAGGACGCCAUCGACCUCUUCGGCACCGCGUCCAAGGACGUCCAGACCUCGCAGGCGGGGACCGCGCUCGUCCACCGGGCCCGCUCGCUCUUGGAGCUGUGGCAGUGGCGCCGGAGCUGCGCCCAGGCGCGCACCGAGCUCGCCCAGGCGCACCAGGCCAUGCUGAAGGAGGAGGCGCGGGGCCCGCCGGCGGUGACGGACACGCCGCCCUAUGACCUGAGCGAGCUCCACAGGGCGGUCGAGCGGGCGAAGCCGUACAGCAGCGAGUUCACGUUUGAGUUCACGGAGGCCACGGAGUCCCUGUCGAGGCUGAGGUCGGCGAACCAGAGGUGCAUGGCCCAGAGGAGGAUGGACGUCGUCGCCGCCGAUCCCAAGGAGCACCCGUCGGCCCUCGAGGCGGCCGUCGUCGAGGCCGAGAAGGUGGGCGUGGACCCGGGCCUGCUGGCAGAUGUGCGGCGCGGCGUGGACGAGGCCAAGCAGCGGAAGCACCAGGAGGCGCAGCACGACGAGCUCUUCGCCGCAGUUCAGGACCUCCAGGGCGCGCUGGGCCCCAGGACCGUGCCGCCCGCGGGCACGUCGGAGCAGAGGCGCGUGCGGGCAGCCCUGGCCAGCUCUGGCCUGCCCGGCGACCACCAGCUCGUGCUCACGGCUCAGGGUCUGCUGGACGAUUGGGAGAACAGCCACGCUGCGCUGAGGGCGGAGGUGAAGCUGAAGAACGCCGAGAAGCGCUGCCUCAAGGGGUUCAAGCUCACCGAGCAGUCGGCAGGGCCGACGCUGGCGAGCACCAUCGCGGAGGUGGCGCAGCGGGGCGUGAGCGCGGACAUGCUGGAGCACGCGAAGAGGACGUUGAGCACUUGGCGGGAAAAGCAGGUCAACGUUUGCUUGGAGAACCUCCAGCUGGCUAUCAACACCAAGAGCGAGGAGUUCCUGAAAGAAGCAAUCAAGGAUGCCAGGGUGGGCGGAGUGCCCGCGCACUUCCUCGAGGACGCCACCCAGAAGCUGCUCAGGUUGCGGCUGGAGGAGGAGGUCACUGGGUCGCUCACCACCGCCAUGGAGUCGGGCGACAUCGAGCAGCUAGAGCUGGCCAUCCAGCAGGCGCACAACGGGAUGUUCGUGGAGGAGGAGAGCCCGACCCUCACGUCCGCCGUCCUGCAGGUGCACCUCCGGCUAUGGGCCCGUGAGUUUAACCAGGUGCUCAAGGAGAAGAGCAUCAGCGGGAUGGACAGGUUCGUGCCGACGGCGCGGGAGGCGAUGGAGCGGUCCAGGGAGGCGCUGCAGACGAUGGCUGGGUCGGACGCGGGCGAGGUGGCGAUCCGCACGCUCGAGCGCGAGCUCCGUGCUCUGGACCUCCUGCUGCCCAAGUUCGAGAACUUUGCGGCCGUCAGCAGCGCCGAGAGCCAGCUGCGCCGAGUCCUCGGUGCGGUGGAAAAGUACGCGCAAGACCUGCCCUUCGUGAUCGACAGGGCCAGAGAGCAGCUGCCCCGAGGCCUCGACGCCCAGCUGCUCCAGGAGUGCGUCGAGCAGUCGCAGCACCACGGCAAGACGGUGGAGGCCCUCAGGUCUGCGGUGGCACAGCCGGACGUUCCGCUGAUGCAGCUGAAAUCCGCGAUCGUCACGGCGCGGUUGGCAGGCGCCGACCAAGACCUGAUCGACAGCGGGCUGAGUACCCUCCAUGCCAGGGACCCAGGCCUCUGGCAGUACACCAACACAGAGCUGGAGCUGCUCCUCGCGUUGACAGAGGCCGACGACAUCGAGGAACUCGACGUGGAAGGCAGGUUCUUGCGGCUGCAGGACGCGGCUGAGAAGGCCAAGAGGCUGAGUCCGCCGCUCUCACGGGACACGCUCGCGGAGGUCGACGCGGUGUACCUCGCCUUGGCCGCAGAGCAGUCUCUCAAGUUCGCAGUGCGCGACGCGGAGGCAGCGCUGGCUAACAGAUGGGCGCCCACCGAGGAGAUAUCGGCCUGCGUGGGCAACCUCGAGCAGGCGCGCCUCUCCGUGGAGCAGUCCGCGCUGAGGAGCGUGAGGGACAAAAUGCUGGGACACGCCGACAGGCUCCAGUACCUCCUUCGGGGCGAGGCAGGCGCUCGUCUUGACGCCAAGCAGAGGAUGGCCGAGAUCUGGAUGGAGAGCCACCUUCAGGAUCUGAAGCUGGCGCUGCGAGACGCGCGGGAGGCAUUCGUGCCGGAGCACCUGCUCGCCGGCAUUUACACCGAGCUGCGGAGGAGGAAGCUGGAGUUCAUCGCCAAAGAUUGGCGAGCUGCCAGCAUCGCUGGCAACCACCAGGCGGCGCUUGCGUACUGGCACCGCGGCGUGGCCCUGGAGGCGGCCAAGGAGAGGAGCGGCGAGGACUGGCUGCGUGACCACCUGCCAGGCAUGGAGAACAAGUGGACUCGGGGCACCACCAUCGUCGGGCAGUUCAAGAGGGACGGAGGCGGAUCCUUCGGCUCGCAGACCUGGCGAGAGAACCCGUACUUCUUCGUCCGACCAGUCCUCGACGAGGAGGAGCUCGACGAGUCGGGUCGCGAGACGACGCCUGGUGGCCCUAUCCAGGUGACGGUCUACGCUGUGGAGGCCAGUGCGAGCACGGCCACGCUGGAGGUGCACGCCGUGCAGAACAAGCAGGAUGUGGCCAUGGCCGGCUGCGGCACCCAGCUGCUGCCAGGGUUCCAGGUGCUCGCGUCCUCGAGCCCCGACCAGGACGUCCCGCACUGCUCCUUCCAGGUGGACGCUCAGGCGGAGGAGCUGCAGCCCGUCUUCAUCGUGCCCUCCGUGGCCGUGGGCGAGGAGGGGGGCUUCCGGCUCCUGGUGGAGGCGAGCCGCCCGGUGGAGAUCGUGGAGGUCGGGCCCUCCCAGAGGCUGUCCUGGCAGCUCGUCGCGGAAGAGGAUGUGGAGUGGGCCGCCCGACAGCCGCACUCCGUGGUCCGGGGCGGCGGCCGCCCCGCGUCUGGCGCGCCGCGCCUGUCGUGGUAUCGCAACCCGCAGUUCGAGGUCGAGUACACCGGGGAGGAGCCCGCGUGGCAGCACGACGUCUUCCAGCCAGGGACGGCGUCCUCCAGCGUGGAGAAGCAGUCGGACGACGCGGAGAAGCCGUCGGCCGAGGAGAUCCCCAGCACUACCCCGGACGAGCUGCUCUUCGUGUUGCUGGUGCCGGUCGACAAGAGGCACGUCCAUCCAGCGGCGCUGCACCUGCUCAGGAACAAGCAGCCCCAGGCUCAGGAGGGCCUCAGGCAGAACCCGUGGCACCACGAGCUGCUGGCCAGCAGCUGCGGCCCGAAGGGGAGCGGCUACUCCACCGACAGCGAGCUGGGCGCCGUCUGCGUGGUGCAGCGCAAACGCGACGAGAAGAUCAUCGUGGUGCCGAGCCUGGAGUCGGAGCAGGCCGUGGCGAGGUACAAGAUCAGGUUUUUCUCCACGGCCAGCGUCGCCGUCACGCGGGUCUGACGCCGCCCGACGCCCACGGCCUGCUGCUGCGACCAGACAUUCCGCCUGUGGGACUCCCCGCUUGUGGGGCUCCCCGGCUUCCUUUCCUUCCUCUCUUCCUCCUCCACCCUCUGCGGAGUGAGCCUUAGCUGGACACAUACAUGUACACCGAUCCUGGCCAGUCGAAUCCUGGGCCAAGGAUUGGUGAACACGCCUUCAUGGCGAGACCAGGAGGGUGUGAGGAGAGGGAGUGCUCCCUCCUUCCUCUUCCUUGCCUCCCUCCUCCCCUCCAUCCUCCAGGCUCACCCCCUUGGCUACUUCUGCAGGACUCGUGCGCUCGUUCAGAAUUCGCGCACGGUGUACAGCUCGAGCACUGGGAAUUCGUCUCCUCCGCCCUUUUGGAGGGUCCAGCUGCUGCAGUCCGAUUCCUCCUUCGAAUUUCCCUCUGGCUUCGGCUGUGCCGUAGCGUGCUCGCUAUCUGGAGCGGCGCGCUUGAGAGAAUUUGAUGCUGCCGCCAGUGAGGGCGGGGAGAUGGAGGGGGCGCCAGCCGACGGUGGCGGUUUUUCACGCGGCGUCAACGGUGACGGCCGCCGUGGCCGUUGCAAGGCGCGCAGCAGUCCCCUGUGCGGCGUGUGCAGCCGCCUCAGCACAGCCCGCGCGGCCUCCGUGUUGAGGGAGAUACGGUCAGGAACUUUGGCUUUGCGUGUUGCUCCGCCGGUUCUGGCCCACAACGCCUCGGCGCGACGCGCUAUCCACGUCCCCAUUCCUGACGACACGCCAUCCGCUCGCAAGGCACAGCGUGCUGCCAGGGCCGCCGCCGCGACGCGUCGUGCAGACCUGCUCCUGGCGAACUGUCGAGGGGCCGCUGGCCGCACUGCUCUGCUAGGAGGGCGCCGCCCUCCCCUCGUGGCGCCCGCCGCGCGCUCGGGCAGGACCGCGCAGACCCCUGGCUUUUCGCGCCCUGCCGCUUCUCCUCCUCCUCCUCCUCCCCCUUCUCCUCCUCCUCC